GCCCCGCGUUGGUUCCGGGUCUCGAGUUGUUUACUAGCGUCGCUGCCCCGCGCGUGCGUGUCGGAGAGGAUGAUCAAGACCGAGAGGGUCCUGCACCUGAAGAGCUGCCGCGGCCGCAAGGUGCGCGUGGUGCGCGAGCACUACCUGAGGGAGCGCGUGCCGUGUUACAGCGCGCUGUGUGCGGCGGGCUGCGACAACCGAGAUGGCAAAGUGCUGCCGGGAGACCUGACCCACUACGUGGUCCCCGACGUCGGGGUGGUGGUGGACUACCUGGAGGUCCUGGAGGUCAGAGAGCUGCAGGGCAUCGUCUUCACGCAGACCGCCUGCCAGGCCCUGCAGCACGCCAAGGGCCGCAGGCAAUACAACCGUCUCAGAAACCUGCUCAAAGACCCUCGACACGACUGUGUGCUGUUCACCAAUGAGUUCCAGGAGUAUUCCUACUGCCCCCGAGAGAAGGGGGAGAGCCAGGACCAGUGGCAGACCAGGUGUGUGUACUCUGCAGCGGUGUGGUACUACAACCACCUGGCCGGUAUGAAGGACGUGGUGAUGAUCACGGAGGACCGGGAGGCCGUCGCUCAGUACGGCAGCCUCAACUCCGGAGUCUACGUCAUCUCCGUCCGGGAUUUUUUGCUAAACUUCUGGCCGGAGCUGCAGGCGGCGCACGAGCUGUACAGCUCCGUGUCUCUGGCGCUGCAGGAGAAGGAGAGCGAGGUCUCGGAGAGAGAGUACGCCGAACAUCUGCCCGCCGAGGUCCUGGAGGCCGGCAUCAAGUCUGGGCGGUACAUUCAGGGCACUCUGAACAUCAGUAAGCACCGGGCGCACAGCGAAGCCUCCAUCACGGCCGAGGGUUUGUCCAACAAGAACUCCGAUCUGAGUUGGGGCGUGUUGGUGAGCGGCGCCAAGAACCGCAACAGAGCCGUGCACGGCGACGUGGUCGCGGUGGAGCUGUUGCCGAGGAGCGAGUGGAGAGGGAAGGACACGGCUCUGACCGAGGGUCGGGGGGAGGAGGCGGGCGGAGAGGACGGCGGCAGGAAACCCAUGCCGACCGGCCGCGUGGUGGGGGUCCUGCAGAGGAACUGGAGGGACUACGUGGUCACCUUCCCCCCCCGAGAGGGGCCUCCGCCCCAGAGCAGGAACUCCCAGCGCAUCCUGGCGGUUCCCUGGGACCAUCGCAUCCCCAAGAUCCGCAUCAGCACCCAGCAGGCCGACGCGCUGCAGGACCACAGGGUGGUGGUGCGCAUCGACUCCUGGGAAAGCACGUCGCUGUACCCCAACGGCCACAGCGUGCGGGUGCUGGGUCGGGCCGGCGAGCUGGAGACGGAGGUCCAGACCGUCCUCAUAGAGAACUGCAUCCACGUGCCCCCGUUCUCCGACGCACAGCUGAAGGAGAUGCCGGUGAACUGUCCCGAGAGGCCGUGGGCGGUGGAUCCGGCCCAGGUGGCUCAGCGGCGCGACCUGCGGGACAGCCACCUGGUGUUCAGCAUCGACCCGCCGGGCUGCGAGGACGUGGACGACGCGCUGUCGGUGCGCAGCCUCGCCGGGGGGGCGCGGCUGGAGCUCGGCGUCCACAUCGCCGACGUCACCCACUUCGUGGCCGAGGGCUCGCUCACCGACCUGGAGGCCCGCACCAGGGCAACAACGUACUACCUGGCCGACCGCCGCUACGACAUGCUGCCCGCUGUCCUCAGCGCCGACCUCUGCUCUCUGCUGGGGGGAGUCGACAGGUACGCGAUGAGCGUGAUGUGGGAGCUGGAUGCCCAGACCCUCUCCGUGGUCCGGGUCUGGUACGGCCGGACCCUCAUCCGGUCCUCCUACCAGCUGCACUACCAGCUGGCCCAGGCGCUCCUCGACGGGGAGCCGGCCGAGGUGCCGGAGCUGGCCGGGCUCGGGUCCGAGGAGAGGGGGGGCGAGCUGGCUCGGCUCACCGGGGCCCUGGAGACCCUGACCCGGGUGGCCAGGAACCUCCGGGCCCAGAGGAACCGAGGAGGAGCGCUGGAGCUGGAAGGGGUGGAGGUGCGAGCCCAGCUGGAUGAGGAGAGGAACAUCACAGCCCUGGUCCCCCGUCAGCCUCUGGAGGUCCAUGAGACCGUGGCCGAGUGCAUGAUCUACGCCAACCACUGGGUGGCGCGCAAGAUCCAGGAGUCCUUCCCCCACCAGGCCCUGCUGAGGAGGCACCCGCCCCCCCGGCAGGAGUUCUUCAGCCAGCUGGUGGACACGGCCGCCGCCAGAGGGUUCUCCGUGGACACCAGGACCAACAAGGCUCUGGCGGACUCUCUGGACCGGGCUGAGGACCCUCGGGACCCGCUGGUGAACCGGCUGCUGAGGAUCAUGGCCACCACCGCUAUGUCGCAGGCGCUGUACUUCUCCACCGGCCUCCAGGCCCAAGACCAGUUCUACCAUUACGGACUGGCUCUGGACCGCUACACUCACUUCACGUCGCCCAUCCGCCGCUACGCCGACAUCUUGGUGCACCGCCUUCUGGCCGCGGCCAUCGCCGUGGACCGGGGGUCCGAUCCCGGCGGAGCGGUGGCCAGCAACAAAGAGCUGGAGGAGACGGCUCGGCACAUCAACACCAAGAACCGGGCGGCCCAGCGGGCCCAGAAGUCGUCCACCGAGCUGUUCCAGUGCCUCUACUUCAAAGACAGAGACCCUCAGUCGGACCAGCGCUGCGUGGCCGACGCCGUCGUCUACUCCAUCCGAGACAACGGCGUGCUGGUGUUCGUCCCCGAGUACGGAGUGAAAGGCCCGGUGUACAUGAAGAACCGAGAGGGCGAGGUGGCGGCGGUCGGACAGGACGGCCGCUGCACGUGGCAGAGCGGCGCCGUGCAGCGCCACUCGGACCGCAUCACCACCACCUCCGGCUGCGGCAGCGCCACCUUCAGGCUGUUCGACCACAUCACCGUCCGUAUUUCCGUGCGCUCCACUCACUGCCACGCGGACGCUCUGGUUCUGGAUCUCGUGGUCAACGGGCCUCACCGCCGCGCCGCCGAGCCCUCGGCGCCGCCGCCGCGCUCUCAGGGCCGCAGCAGCCAGCUGGUCCGGGAGGUGGUGCGUCAGGCCGAGGAGGCGUCGCAGCAGGCCCAGGAGAAGGAGGCCCGGAGGCCCGAGCUCUCCAGAGAGGAGAGGGAGUUCAGCCAGACCAAGACCCCCAACCUGUACUCCCUCCUGGAGGAGGUCCGGGAGCUGGCCCUGCUGGACCCGGACGGGGUCUCGCGCCUCUGUGCCUCCACGGCCUAGUUUCUAAUGGAUCAUGACGGGAGGUUCAUCAAUCAGACUUUUAGCAUUUACACCUGAACAUGCUCGAUAAUGCAAAGUGUGAAUUUAGUUAUUUGAUAUUAAAACAGGAUCAUUGAUUCAUAUUCGACACGACGAACAACGCUGAUUAUCUGAGAAUUACUAAACUAUGAAGAGUGAUCUUAGUGUACGAGCCUAAUAUUGAUAUAUUUAUACAUCAUAUACAGUUUGGGCCAAUAUGUUUAUUAUUAAUAAAAAGAUGAUAAACUUAUUGAUCGGCGAGGAAAUUCAGUAUUACAGAAGUAGAAAGUGUUAUUUUUAAUUAUUGAUUGAGAUGUAAAUGAAUGUAAUCGAUCUUUUUGUGAACCCCAUAAUAAUCUUUAAAGUGACGACGUGCAGGUUUAUUGAUCAAGUGUUGACUAAUUGUUAUUGCAGAUUAUUUCUUUGUUUACAAUCAGUAUAUUUUUGUGACGUGUGGUUUGUAAACUGGAUGAAUAUUAAACUUUAAAGACAUUUAAUCAUAACUCAA